CAAAAAGACUCCUCCCAUGAUCUAAAAUUGAAUAAAUGAGAUGAGCAGUUUCGUAUCCAUGAUGAUGGACAGGGAGAAAAGGGUUUCUUAAAUUACAAAAAAAAAAAAGGUGAAACUUUUGUUUUAGUGAGUGAGCCGCUCUAAAGAAAUGAAAAGUAAUCAAGAAGAAGAAGAAGAAGGAGACGAGGAAGAUGAUGGAGGAGAAGAAGAAGGGCAAAAAGGGAACGGAUUUAUAGAAAAGUUAAGGAGAAGAGCUGUUCUUGUAGGCCAUAGAAGUGUCUUUCGCCGACCUUCCACUCCUGCGCACAUUAGCUUCAACCCUUCUUCCUCUGAUUUCUCAUCUAGAAAGCUCGCUGCUUCCCUCUGGGAAUUCUAUCAGUAUUACGACAUCGGCCACCAGAUUCUUCCUCCUGCUACUAGAAUGCACCGAGCUCCCUUAGGUUCUUCUGCUGGUCCCAGUAAUCGUCGUCUCCGUCACGGCCAUGGAAAGGCGGCGAUUGUAGACAAUAAUGGUCUUGAUCUCUCUGUGCACCAGCCAGAGAGUGCGGGAAGUAUAAGAAGACAGAUCGGUCAAAUGCUGAUGAAGCAUCAUCAUUUAGUUGAAAGAAACGACCAUGCUUUGCGUCCAGUUUCUCCUACAAGCUACGAUAGCUCCCUCGAGGUGGCUCCAUAUAAUGCAGCAGUUUCUCCAGGAAGUUCAUUGGAGUAUCGUGGAAGAAGACAAGCUGGUGAGCCUAACUACAAUCUCAAGACAUCAACCGAACUUCUUAAAGUACUGAACCGAAUCUGGAGCCUCGAGGAGCAGCAUUCCGCUAAUAUCUCCUUGAUAAAAUCUUUGAAAACCGAGCUUUCUCAUUCACGUGCCCGGAUCAAAGAGCUUCUCAGAUGCCAGCAAGACGAUAGACGUGAUAUGGAUGAUUUAGUGAAGCAACUUGCUGAAGAAAAGCUGUCAAAAGGUACCAAGGAACACGAUCGUUUAAGCUCUUCGGUUCAAUCACUAGAAGAUGAGCGGAAACUGAGGAGACGUUCUGAGAGUUUGUAUAGGAAAUUGGCACAAGAGCUCUCAGAAGUGAAGUCGACGUUGUCUAACUACGUCAAGGAGAUGGAGAGAGGUACUAAGUCAAAGAAGGUUCUGGAGAGAUUAUGUGAUGAAUUUGCAAAAGGGAUCAAGAGUUACGAAAGGGAGAUUCAUGGUUUAAAACAGAAGUUGGAUAAGAACUGGAAAGGGUGGGAUGAACAAGAUCAGAUGGUUCUUUGUAUUGCAGAAUCAUGGCUUGACGAAAGGAUUCAGAGUGGCAACGGAUCAGCGUUGGAGAAGCUCGAGUUUGAGAUAGAAGCAUUUCUUAAGAGUAAGCAGAAUGCGGAUUCUAAUGAAACAGCGAGAAAUCGCCGGAGUUCACUUGAGUCGGUUCCAUUUAACGCCAUGAGCGCCCCGAUUUGGGAAGUAGACAAUGAGGAGGAAGAAGAUUCUGGCGGAAGUGAUUCAAAUUGUUUUGAGCUCAAGAAACAUGGGUGUGAUGUUGCAAAACCAAGACUCGACGAUGAUACUGAGAAACCGGAAUUAACAAAAGCAGAUGUUGUGUCUGGUGAAAAACCGAGGAGACGGAAUCAAAGCCCGUCGAGUUUACAAGUUAAGUUCGAGGAUCAAAUGGCGUGGGCGAUGUCUUCUAAUGAGAAAAAGAAAGCCAGAGCCAUUGAAACCGAGCCUGAAACGGAUAAAUGUUCUAAAGAAACAAACAAUGUGGUUGGAGAAAUGAUUAGAACUCAUCGAAGGUUAUUGUCGGAAACUCGGGAAAUCGAUGAAGCUUCUUGCAGUUACCCAGCAAGGAGACGAGAGAGCCCGAUACGUCAAUGGAAUACAAGAACCGUAACACCUGAUCUCAGUGCGCCACAGGGAGUAAAGGACAAAACUUUGAAGGAUAAACUAAGCGAAGCAAGAACAAAGAGUUCAAGGUCAAUGAUGCGGGUAUUCAAGGGGUGAGUUUUCAAUAUAAUCUGUAUUGGAAGAGCCAUUGUUGGUGAAAUGGUCAGAGUCGGAGAUGGAACUAGGUGAGAUUGUUGUCUGAAAUAGACACAACUUGAGAGAAGUUCCAUGUGUGGAUAUGUUCAUCUGUAGAUAGAGCUAUGUAUAUGUUUGUAACUAUGUAUAAUUUAUAUCUGGUGUAUAUCGAUUUGAUCAUCUCUGAAUUUUGUAUCCUUGAUUUUUGUUUAUUUCGGUCAAAAGAUAAGAGUUGUUAAUCUGUGA